AUGUCAUUAAACGAAAAUAAAGAAAAUAAAUUUUUUUCAUCACAUCUUUCUUUAGAAGAAUUAGAUUUAAACGAUUAUGAAGACAAUGAUAUAGAUAAAAAAGAAUUGGAUUUAGUUUUGAUGGGUCAGCUUAUGGC